GGUCCGUCCAACCUUCCGUUUCGGUGCAAAAGAUCCGAGAUGUAACAAUGCACUUUCAGUCUCCCAUUUGUGGGGAUGUGGGAUGAUCUACUGUGUGUUUCUUUUGCUGCCCGACUGCUGGAUUUGUGGGCUUUGUUGUCUGAAGGGAAAUAACUCAGCUACUGUGGACCAGGCUCAUUGGGGAAGGUGUUCCUCGUAUUCUCCCUCGCGGCCUCUGAAGCAUUAUGUGCUCGUGCUGUUAGUCAACGGGCCAAGUGUACAGCCUGUCGCAGAACCGUGGAUCUGUAAUUUAGUAGACGCCCUUUCCGAGCGUCGCACAUGUACAAGCAUCUGUCUUGCAGUACCAAGAUCGCAUCGUUGCCCUAACAAGCAAGCCACCUUACUGUGGGGUGCAGCCGCGCUGGGGAAAAGAUAAGGAUACGCCACUUGACAGGCUAGAUGACUUCCGUGUUACGAUGGACAAUGAGCGCCAUGGAAAUUUUGCAGAGAUGACAGCAAGUGAUGUUAGUAUGCGUGUAAUCGAGAUUCACAGCCCGCGGAACGCAUACCUGCGGCCUACUACACCGAACUCUCAGAUUUGCGUCGUAGCCUGGUAUGCUUCAGAAGGAUUCGUUCCAGAAGGAAA